CUGAAGCAGCGCCACACUGCUUUCUCUCCACGGACAGGCUCGCAGCUCUGACUUUCAGACCCCGAAUCCUCCUAUCUGCCGCACGGCCAGGUGGGGCUCUGUUUAUCCGACAGCGGACAGCGGACAGCGGACAGAUUUCCUCUUUUGCUUGGGAACAGGAGCUCGCCAAGGAAUUUUUCUCAUCUCUGUAAUCCUGAAGGGAAUUCUGUUGGGAGAAGCAUUCUACGCUGAAUACAUAAACGAAUCUUCGCGUCAUCAACAGAAAACUUCCAGGAACUUUUUCGAUUAAAGUUUCCUGUUUUUACCGACCCGGCGGUUGGGAGCAGCCAGUUUCUCACCUCGACUUAACCCAAGAUCGGACAGUCUUAAGGAUUUAGGGGAAGAAUUUUGGGGAUCUUACAGAAGAAACGCGCUCUGAAACGAUCUUCAAACGCUACUGUCCGGAUACAAGACAUUGAUUAUUUCAUUGGAGGAGUUUGCAUUGUGAUCUGAUCAAUAAUCUGUUUUUUUUUUCUUCUUCAUUAUUUGUAUUUCUUGAGAGUUUAAUUAUUAUUAUUUUUUGUAUUAUUGCAUGCGUUUUUUUUUUUAAUUAGACGAAUUUCAUUUUUCAAAUAAUUGCAUUCAGAAAAAAAUAUCUAUAUAUUAUUUUUUUAUAGAAUUACAUGAAUUUUUGUUUACAAUUUUGCACUACAAUUAGCCUAUUCAAAAUAAUAAUAAUAAUAAUAAUAAUAAUAAUAAUAAUAAUAAUAAUAAUAACGAUGGCUACCACGGGUCUGCAGCUUCUAGGCUUGUCUCUCUGCGUCAUCGGCUGGAUCGGAGCCAUCGUGACGUGUGCGCUCCCCGUGUGGCGCGUCACGGCAUUCAUCGGCAACAAUAUCGUCAUCGCGCAAACCAUCUGGGAGGGUCUGUGGAUGAACUGCAUCGUGCAAAGCACCGGGCAGAUGCAAUGCAAAGUGUACGACUCCAUGCUGGCGCUGCCGAGGGAUCUGCAAGCCGCCCGGGCGCUCACGAUCAUCUCGGUGUUGAUCGCGCUGCUCGCUCUCAUGAUCGGCAUCGUCGGGGCGAAAUGCACCAAGUGCGUGGAGGAGGGGCCGCUCAAGUCUCGGAUCUCUUUGAUUUCGGGGUCUCUGUUCUGCGCGGCGGGGUUCCUGUACUUGAUCCCCGUGUGCUGGACCGCCAAUUCUAUCAUCAAAGAUUUUUAUAACCCGCUGGUCCCGGCCCCGCGUAAAAGGGAGCUGGGUCCGGCGCUGUAUUUCGGCUGGGGCACGGCCGCGUUGCUCCUUCUCGGGGGGGCGCUUCUCGUCAGCGGCGCCCGCUCCGCUUCCAAUCCGAAUUACGACAGCGCCAGCCGGCGCAGCAGCCCCACCAGAAACGCCCCGACGCUUCCCGCGGAGAGAGUGAAAGGCUACGUCUGAAUAAAACGUUAAAAUAAGAAAAUUAAAAAAAUUGCAAUUCGGGUCCUGUAACAGUAACAUAUAAUAGUGAUCUAUAAACGCGGUGGGGCGGGGGGCGGGGGGGGGGGGAGGGGAUUCGGAUAACACACACAAUCGGAUAUUGAACAGGGAUAGUAAUUUAUACGACACAAAAUCGUAAACUUUAAGUAAAUACGACCCGCUUCAGUCAACAUCCGUCUCGCUGUUUAUAUUUAAAACAUCCAAGGUAAUAUUUAACGUAGUUUAACUUGUCAAACAUAUUCGUCAAACGUAAGGUUAAAUUGUGCUUAAGAUCUGACAGAGAUCCGUGUCUAUAUAUAUAUAUAUACCUACAGCCACAAAGUAUAACAACAGACACCAAGAUAUUUAGCGAGCGAGGAGUCCGAGUGAAAUUAUCCGGCAGCAAUUUCCAAACUUUUAACUCUACUGAGAAACAUACUUUGACGAGAAACACGUCCUAUAUUCAUUUAUUUGUUUCCCGCCAAAAUAAAAACGUAACAAAAACGAGUGUCUAGUUUUAAAACGCUCUCUCUCUCUCUCUCUCUCUCUCUCUCUCUCUCUCUCUCUCUCUCUCUCUCUCUCUCUCUCUCUCUCUCUCUCUCUCUCUUUUUAAACUUGUACUGUAUAAACCUGUACUAGAGCCCCCAAAUCUUGUUAGCUGUUUAUAACAUAACUAAUUUACAUGACGUGAUGUUAGGUGAUGUUGAAUCUGUGUGUUGAUGUGUAACGUAUUUGCAUUCUUUUUUUAUUGUACAAAACAAAAACCGAAUUAAAAACAGUUUAAACAUGUGAGAUUAAACAUUCUGUUGAGUUUCCUGUU